UUUUUUUUUACCACCGUCCUGCACACCACACCAAAUCACACUCUCCGCCUAAAAACUAAGUGCUCCAACAGAAGUCGUAGUGGAGUUUUUCAUGAUUUACUAGUGGAAGUUUAUCACUAUUAAUGCUGGUAAUUAACGUUAAAAUCACUUAAAUCUGGUAGGUAGUGUAUUGGGAAUAUAAUACCAUAAUUUAUACAACUUUUAGGGUAUUUCUAUAAGUGAAAUAAGUGAAAUAAUUCUAUUAGUUAUUAGUUAAUUAGUUAAUUAGUAGUAUACCACGAGUUGAUUAAAAGUUAUAAACAAUUACAAUUAUAAUGAGAAUCUUUCAUUCAAAACAUCAAAAUCUCAUUCUUCAAUGUUAUCCUCCCGGAAAGGGAGCUGAUAAGAAACCUAACUCAUCAGAAUUGAGUUAUUUAUUAUAUUAUGCCUCAACUAGAAGAGUUAAAUUAGAAAAAGUUGUAACAUUUUUAAAGGAAAAGACUGAAAAUGAUGUUAGUCAUGGACGUCAUGGAAAUUUACAAGUUACUUUAGCUAUAUUAUCGGCAUUAAUUGAAAAAUGUUCUGAUAAUCUUAAUGUAUUUGCAUCAUUUAUUACAUCAAUGUUACAAUCAGUUUUAUCAACCAAAGAUUUAAUUCUUUGUAAAAGUGUUGUUAAAACUUAUACAGUAUUAUGUGAUAAAUUAGAUGAAGGUUUAUUUACUGGUGAUAAAGAAUUUGUUAAUUCAUUUAGUACUCUUUCUGAAGCUAUAAUUAAUUUAUCAACUUAUAAUCUGGAAGAAAAGAAACCUAAUCAAUUAGAAUGGAAAAUGAUUGCACUUUUAGCAAUUAAACAUAUUAGUCAUUGUUUAGGUUAUAAUGCUAAAAUAUCAACUAAAUUUAUUGGAUUAUCAAUUCCAAUUUUAAUUAAAACUGUUCAAAAUACUAAUACUCAACGUAAUUUAUUAACAAGAUUAAGAAGUAAUAUUAAUAUUGAAACUGAUGAUCGUCGACUUUCUCGAGUAAUUCUGAGUAAAGCUGGACUUUCAAGUAAACAAAUUGAAGAAGAUUUUGAUAAUGAUGCAUUAACAACCACUGAUAUUAAUGAAGAAUCAUUUAAUAGUUUAAAGGCAUUAUUUAAUACUACAUUAACUAAUCAAAUUCAAGCAGUUACUAAAUCAGUAGUUCAAUUUAAUUAUGAUUCAAAAGUAGAUCUUAAAUGGGGUUCUACCUUUUUAGAAAUGUGUACAACUUGGAUACCUGUUCAAUUAAGAUUUGUUGCUUUAGCUACUUUAUUAUCAAGAUUAGAUUUAUUUGCCAAGGAUUCAAAUCCCAAGACUCCAAAUUAUUCUAUUCAAUAUCAUUAUGCCAGUAAUAUUUUAGGUUUAGUAUCAUCUGAUGUUAAUAUGAUUGGAUUAUCAGUUUCUGAUAUAAUUAGACAAGUACUUUCUUUACAAUCUAAUUUAAUUUUACAUCAAUCAACUUAUAUUGAUUCAGAACAAGUAAAGAAAUUAUCAUUUAUUUAUUCAAAUUGUGUAUGUCAUUUAUCAUCACAUAUUUAUUAUGCUGAUCAAAUUCCUGAUUCAAUUCAAGAAAUUUUACUUGAAGUUAAAUCUGCUUUAGAAUAUUCAUAUACUGAUGAUGAAACUCAAACUCAUCCUGAUACCGUUGAUGCAGAAAAGAUUCAUAGUUUUAUUAUUACUUUAUUGGAUAAUAUUUCAACUGUUUUUAGUAUAUUAAUUAAAAAAUCAAGUUCAAUUAGUCGUAAUAGAGUUAAUUUAGAACAUUGGAAUAUUAGUUUACCAAUAUUAGCUCCAGAAACAGAAAUUGAACCCGAUAGGAAAACUAUUUUAUCAGCUUCACAAAUGUUUGAUAUUCAAAGUAAAUAUUUAAAAGUCUUUUCUGAUUUUUUAAAUAAUGAAUUACUGAAUGAUAAUCUUCAAGAUGAUGAUGAUGAUGAAACAAAUAAUAUUGAAACAAAUAAAGUUGAAUCAUCUCCCAGAAAUUUUACUUCACCAUCAGGUUCAAUUAAUGAAAAUUUUUCUGAUGUUUCAAAAGAUUUUACUCAACCAGAUGUUAAUCAAUAUAUUACUCAUCCUGAUAAUUUUAUAUCCCAUUUUUUAUUAUAUAUUGAUAAGUUUUUUGAACGUUAUCAAUCUCCAAAUACAGAAAUUGUACUUUUAUUAAUAAAGACAUUAAAGGAAAUGAUUCGAGCUCUUGGAAUUAAUUUUGUUAGUAAUUAUAUUCCAUUUUUAUAUCAUUGGUCAUUAAAAUUUAAAGAUUCCAAUGAACCUCUGCAAAUUGAAAAAUAUAAAGAUACAUUUGCUCAUAUUAUAUUAUAUUAUAGUUUAAAAGAUCUUGAUGAAAUAUAUCCUCAAGAACUUGAAUCUUAUGCAAGUAAUUCCAAAUAUUAUAUUAAACUUUUAUCAAAUAUAAGGUAUAGAAAAGUUAAAAAGUAUUGGAUUGAAGGAUUAGAUUCUGAACCAAGUGAUAAUGAAAUUGCUAAACAAUUCCCUCAAGGUGAUUUAACCAGUAGUAGUAGUAGUAUGAGUAGUAAUGAUAUUAUUAUUAUACAAGAUAGUAUUAAAUAUGCAUUUACAAAAGAUGAUUUAGAAGAAUUUGCUUGUGGAAAUAAUUUUACAAUUAUUUGGAUUGAUCAUAAAAGACCAAUUACAAUUGAUUUUGUUAGUGAUCCUCAUAUUGCUGAUAGAAAUACUAAUGCAAUUAUAAAUGGUCUUACAACUAAUUUAUUAGCAUCAAUUGGUUCAAGUGGGGGAGGUUCAAUAAUUGAAAGUGAAGUUGUUUCUUUAGAAUCUUCAAUUCAUCCUGGAGUUACUGGGAAAGGUUUAGGUACAGCCGGUGAUAUUUCAUCAAUUUAUUCUGAUUUACUGAAAUAUCUUCAAAAGAAUAAUCAAUAUCAUCCAACUCCAUUAAAUCCUAAUGGAACUUUCAAUAGUUAUGGAACUAAUGGUACAUUUAAUGGAACAUUUAAUGGUACAAUUGAUGGUACAAUUGGUGGAACUAUUAAUAGUGGAUCAAUUAGUGGAGGUGAUUUUACUAAUGAUUCAGUUCAUACUGGUGAUAGUAAAAAUUAUAAUACUCCUCGUAUUUCAGAAUUAAAAGAUUUAAUGCUGCAACAUCGUAAGGGUACAAGAAAACCAUCAUUAUUUAUAGAUAAUGGAUCUACUAGUACUAAUGGAGCUACUAGUAAUUCUGUAUUAUCUAAACUGAUAGCUACUACUGAUGUUAAUACCAUUAUCGAUGGAUUAAUGGAUGAUGACGAUAGUGCUAUAGUUGUAUAAAAAGAAAAAGGGACAAUAAUUAAUUAAAUUUUUAGAUAUGUAAAGUUUAUAUUUAUAGUCAAUAAAGA